AUGUUCGAGACGCAAAUAUUAUACAUUCCACACUGGAAAGAUUUUAAACGGACUGCAACAGCAACCGAAAUUUUGGUCCUGGCUCAAAGAUACAUUGAGCACUUGAAGGAUGUGCUUGAUGGUGUCCAAACGUAUGAUGUGAAAACCAAAAGAAUUAGAGCCUUUAAAAUGGAAAAUUUUAAAGACGGGGUUGGAUAUGAGUUGGAACAAUUGCGUGAACCCAGUAGAAAGCGUCAGGCGACGGAGCACGAAAUGGAGCCAGAGCCAAAGAAACUAGCAACAUCCGAACCAGCUACAGUACCAGACAACUUCAAAGUUCCAGAGCUCCACAAGGCACCCAGUUUCGUGAGACAGUUUUCUGAAAGGACUAGGCCAUGA